GACAUUGGAAGCAUCUCGAAGAAAUUCCAGGCUAAGGAAACAUAUGAGAAUCCGGUGGAUUUACUUCUAGAGCCGAAGUGGACAAUCUGGGAUUACAGUGAUAUCCCUGCCUUUCUGAAAAGUGCCAGGAAAAAAUUGAGAGAUACUCUGGAAAGUAGACUUCAAUUACAGGAAGAGAAUGUAACUCUGGAUCCAGACACAGCUAAUCUUGGCCACCUUGAAAUCUCCAAUGAUCGCAAAAGCAUCAAAGGACUUAAGCCAGUUGAAGGAAAAUAUCCUGUCUCAGACUGCAACAGAUUUGUACGUUAUCCUUGUGUCCUUGGCUGUCAGGAGUUCUCAACAGGGAGACAUUUCUGGGAAGUUAUUGUAGGAGGUACAGCAGGAUGGGCUAUAGGGGUUGCCAGCAAGCCAAUGAACAUAACAAAUGUUGAUGAGACCAUGUGGUGGCAGAUUGGGGAAUGGGGAGGGAAAUACAAGGCCAUCUCUUGGUCAGAAUGCUCUGACCUGGUCCUGAUGGAGAAGCCCAUGAGGAUCCGCAUCUCUGUCAACUGCGAAGAGGGACAAGUGAGCUUCUUUGAUGCCAGGACCACAGCUCUGCUCCAUACAUUCUCAGAUGCUUCCUUGGUUGGAGAGACCCUCCUGCCCUGUUUCUUUUUGUGUGAUGGUGCCUACGUGACACUCCUCUGAAAGAAGGGAACUCCAUAGACAAAACUUUGGAAAAAUCCUUAUUUUCUAAGCAGUCAUCUCUGUAAGCCUUUAAAGCAGAGGUUCCUUAGGUUUUUGCUACUUCAGCUUCUUUUAUUG